AUGCGUGGCAUUGAUGCCGGAUUUAAUUUUGCACGUGGUCUGAACAUCAAUGUCGGCGAUCAGAAGAACACUGUUCUCAUUCAAGGGUGCUCCGGUCGUUUCCCAGAUGUUUAUGGGUGUCAUUCGCCUGGCGGUGGAGAUUUUCACUGCCGUGGGUAUCUGAACGAGUGCAUAGCUCGCAGUGCAGGUCCUGGUGGAUUUUGGCAUGUGGUAGAGAAUAUUUUGAAAAGACCAACCGUUAAUCCCUCUUCCUUCAAGUCCAAGUUUAAGGAUAACAAUUACAACAGUAAUGAGGAAGCCAUACUUGACUAUGACGAUGGACUUUCUAUUGCCAUGAUAAAGGCAUUUGAAAAUUCCUCUAGUUUUCCAACUGCACCAGAGUUGGAUAAAUGCCUGGAAGAAACCAAGUGUCAUAAUAAGGUAUUGCUCUCCAAAUUGAAGGAGUGGAUAAAGAAACAGGAAGAGCAAGAUGCAGUGUUUCGGUACCAUUCCCAGUGCAUCAACCAUUUAAUGCCCAUAACCAGGUGGUACAAGGAAUCAAUCAGGUAUACUAUUUUAUUAUAUGCAUAUAUCUAUUGUCUCCUCUACUAAGGGCCCAAUUACAUGGGGUAUUUUCAACCCUGGGGUUGAAAUCAGCCCUGUUUACUGGGUUGAAGUUUCAGCCAUGCAUGUAAUACAAAAUUCCAUGUAAUCAGUCCCUAUGCCUAUAUUUGAGACAGAUUACAGGUGGCACUUCAAGAACAUAUGUUAAUUAAUAAUAGAGUUGAGCUGAUUAGACUAGUAACCUAUCAAACUUUGAUAAGUUACCUUAAUGUAGAAAAGGAUGUUUUAAUAAUAUAGUAUAAUUGAUUUCAUACAAUAUGUUUUUACAGGUAUGGGAAUGGCAAGGCCAUAGAAGGUGUGUGGAUGAUUUGUCCUGCUCUUUUCUCUCAAAUGCACAAGACAAAUUACAGAGAUGAAGCAUUCACACAUACUGUCAAUGCAAUAGCCAAAUGGCCACUUGCAUACCGCCUAAUGUACCAGAGGAAUAGGACAGUCAGUUUGGAUGGUAAAGAUGGAAAACAAUUGGCUGGAGACGAAUGGGUUGAGGAUUAUCUUGUUCGCCAUGUUAAGCAGUUUGCAUCUGCCCAGAGCUCCUUUUCCAUGGUAGAACUGAUGUCCUGCAGUGUUCACUUGCUAGAGAUGAAUCGACAAAUGUACGAAUGUCGGGAGUCAUUCAACAUCCACACUACAAAGAAGCACAAGAAGCCACCAUCCUUGUAUGAUCAACUGAAGGUUGCCCAAUUUGUCCUCAAACAAGAAUGGUUUGAAUCUUAUGAAAGAACUGCUGUUUACAAAUACCCAUGGGCUGACAAGAAAUUCAAAGGAGAAGAGAAAGUUCCUAGCAAGUAUGAGAAUGUUUUAGAACAAGGAGAAGUCAAAGCAAGCAAUGAAUUUAAUUCAUUUCUUCACAGGAAAUUUCCUAAUGACAUGCUAUAA